UAAAGAGGCAAAAGCUCGAUCCCUUCUAGCCAUGACCGGGCUUCUGCGUUUGGAUACGCUUUCUCUCCGUUGGGACUGACGGGAACUAGCUAAAUUGAUUUAGUACUAGCUUUAAACUUAAUUAGCUGACAUUAGCUACUAAUGAAAGAAAGAUAUUUUCUGGUGAGGAAACGGGGGAAUACAGAGAACGACAGAAAAGAAAACGAGGAAACCACCAAAAGGAAAUGCCAAUCGCAGCCACGGGUCAACUGACGACUCAGGAACCCCGUAUUUUCUCCCGACUGCCCUCCACCCCGGAGCCUGUACCAAAAGGGGGUAAUUUGUGUGACGUUGCGGGGGCAGUAGCCGAGUCGCAGGAGCGAACAGAAUACGGGGGCGCCGAGGGGGGCAGGGGAGGACUAGUAGCCAGCUACAGUCAGACCAGCGGCGCUAGGGGAUUUCUGCCGCUUCGUUCUUCCAACUCCAACGGUUCUCCUCCGCAAUCCCCUCCGACGUCAUCCCCCCUCGCCUCAUCUUUCUUCCAUCACCACCCCUAUCAAAUGGCCAUGGAGCCGCCCAGGACUCGAUCGCGUUCUCGGUCUGGAUUCUACCAGCAGUAUGGUUUGACCGGCCCCGGGAUUAAUGCCAACGGGGGAACCGGACCUAACCACCAUCACCACCACAGCCAGCAGCAACAUCAUCAACAGCAGCACAACUCGGGUUGCCUUGGAGCUCACAGCCACCACACGGAGCAGCACAGCAUACGAGCCCCGGGAUCUAACGUCUCCCCCGGCGCUCAGAGGCAGUCGGGACCGCUUGGAGCACAUCGCAUCUCACCCGCAGCCCUCAGGACAGACUGCGGCGGCGGGCCUCCCCCUUCAGACAGGACCCGCGGCGGCCCUCCCCCCCUCAGGACAGGACCGCGAUCAGCCCUAGCCGGCGCGGGCCCUCCCCCCCUCCAGACAGGACUGCAUCAGCCCUCGCUGUUCGGGCCCUCCCCCCCCCCCAGACAGACAGCGUUUCUGUUCGUCGGCCCUUCCCCCCAGACAGACCGCGUCUGCCCUCCCCCCACCCCCCCAGACAACAGGGACCCGCACGACCGCGUCGGCCCUUACCCCCCCUACGACCGGCGUCGCCCUCCCCCCCCUCAGACAGACCGCGUCGGCCCUCCCCCCUCAGACAGCCCCGCGUCGCCCCCCUUCAAAGACAGACCGCGUCGCCCCCCCCCCCCCACCCCCCCCCCUCAGGACAGAGACACGGCCCUCCCCCCCGACAGACCGCGUCGGCCCUCCCCCGCAGGACAGACCGCGGCGGCCCUCCCCCCCAGACAGACCCGCGUCGGCAUCCACCCCCCCCAGACAGACCGCGUGCCUCCCCCCUCAGACAGGGACCGCGUCGCCCCCCCCCCCCCUCAGACAGACCGCGUCGCCCCCCCCCCUCAGCAGGGACCGCGUCGGCCCUCACCACCAGAGACAGGACCGCGUCGGCCCUCCCCCCCCAUACAGACGCGUCGGCCUCCCCCCCAGACAGAGCGCGGCCCUCCCCCCCAGACAGACCGCGUCGCGCCCUCCAACUCCCCAGACAGACCGCGUCGGCCCUCCCCCCAGACAGACCGCGUCGGCCCUCCCCCUCAGACAGGGACCGAGUCGGCCCUCCCCCCCCAGACAGACCGCGUCGGCCCUCCCCCCCCAGACAGACCCGCGUCGGCCCUCACCCCUCAGACAGACCGCGUCGGCCCUCCCCCCUUCAGACAGACCGCGUCGGCCCUCCACCCUCAGACAGACCGCGUCGGCCUCCCCCCUCAGACAGACCGCGUCGGCCCUCCCCCCCAGACAGACCGCGUCGGCCCUCCCCCCCAGACAGACGCGUCGGCCCUCCCACCAGACAGACCGCGUCGGCCUUCCCCCCCAGACAGAAUUGCGCGGGCCCUUCCCCCCAGACAGGGACCGCGCAGCCUUCCCCCCCAGGGACAGACGCGUCAGCCCUCGCGUUCCCCCCUCCCCCCCCAGACAGGAACAGCUCGGCCCUCCCCCCAGACAGACUAG